UGACUUUUUGUUUUCAACCGUUGAUAAGUUGAUGAUUAGAGAUGGAAGCGUUAACAUCGAGGGAGGACUCUGAAAACCGGAUCACCAUUGGUGGUAAACGAAAAUCUUCGAGCCGCCGAUCUUCGAUUUUGAAGGCCACAAAAUCUCCAUUAAAAGCUGGUGUUUUAGAGGAUUUGGAUCCUAAUUCAUUGGAUGAUAAUGGAAGAAACACAUCCAAAAAGUCUAGGAGAUCCUCUGGAAGGAGAGUUAGCUUUGCAGAGAAGAACGACAUCAAAGAAUUUUUUGUAGAAGACUGGAAGAAUUCAUGGCCCAAGGAUAAAGAGAAUAAUGAUCUUCUGGAGUUAAGCACUUCUUCUCAAGGCGAAUACCGGGAACCAGCUAAUUCCAUUGAAGGUCUCGAAUCCUUGUUAAAGGGCAAUAUUCAAGCACCAGAUGAUUUCAGUGUUUGCCAAGUGGAAAUUGAGGAGAUCCCAGAACCUUUAACUCUAAAGCCAAGUGAACAGGCAGAGGAAAUGGAGUAUACCACAUGCUACAGUUCAGUUUUGCCAAACAGUGCUACAAACAUGGAGAAUACAAAGAUUUUCAGCCAUGAUACAGCCAUUGAUCUUGAUAUAACAUGCUCACAAAAAGAAUUAUUUUACCAGGAUGGUUUGAAUAACCAGGUUAUGUCACCUGCUGGUUUUCAGGAAAAUGACAGAAUGGACAGCACAUCUUUCCUCUUGUCAUUAGGAUCAAAGCAUGCACAAACUCAAGGAAUUAAAGUAAAGCAUGACACUGCAAUUUCGGCAACGAGAAGUAAUGACAGCAUUUCCAGCAGGAGGCAGCCUAUAGGUGAGAUCAGAUCUGAGCAGGGUGGUUAUGACAGUCAGAGUGGAUCCCAGCAAAGUCCAUGUUCAAAUGCAGAUGUAGAGCUCACAGCUUGUCACAGCUUUGCUGUUCUGGAGAGCAAUUCGCAGAAAACCAAACGGAGAAGCGUUUAUGAACCUGCCGACCUUGAGCUUACAUCCUGUUAUGGCCAAGGACUGGCAAAGUCAUCAGACAAUCAGGAGGUUGGUGUGCAAAAGAGACAGGCAUUGGGGGUUAGAGCAGAUCUAAAUGCUUUUAGAAAUAGUUUUGAGACAAAUUUACCAGACAAGGCACAGCCUGUAUGUGAAACCCAGCUCAAUAUAACAAACUGUUCCAGAGAUAGUAUGACAUCAGGCAAGAAGACACUACUGUCGUUUGAUAAUCAAACAAAUGUGGAGGAAGUACAUGAUGAUGUCACAACAAAGGACUCCACAAAUGACUUUUCCUUUGAUAGCACAGUCUUUUUGAGGUCCCUUGGUGCAAGAAAAAGCCCUAUUGCUUCAGUUGAUACAGACAACAGAAAUUUAGAAAGAAAUCAAAAUGAAAAUCAGUCACCAGAAAGCACUGGUCACCUGGAGAUGACACGCUGUUAUGGUACAGGAAUUUUGCAAAACACGAGGUUACCAGUGUUGAUCACAGGUAGCAACCAUACACUGGUUUUUAGUUCUGAUACCGAUCGCACCGAUUCCCUAGACCUGACUGUUUGUCAGACACAAAAACAACAGGCUGCUUCUGCUCCAUUUCCGCCUCUUUUGCAACAAAAUUCUCAAAAUGAGCAAAACUCGCCAAACAGGGCUUCAAGUAAAAUGAAUUCUUCAGUUUUCUUAAGAGUGCUUGGUGAAGUGAUGCCGUCUGUUGGAGACACGAAUGAAGAAGAAUGUGAUCUAGAGCUCACUACUUGCCACAGUCAACCAGUACUGGAAAACAGUGCACAGAACACAAGUCGGAGCAGUGUUACUGAGCUUUCAGACUUGGAUGUCACUUCAUGUCAUGGCCCAGGGCUUCUACAAUCUGUAGACAACUGUGAUAGAUUAGAUGCGAAUAAAAGGAAAGCAAACCAGCUUUGUCAGUCUGCUGAUGUAGAUGUCACAGUUUGCCAUGGUCCAGGGUUGCUGAAGGCAUCUGGUGAAAAGGUGGAGGAGAAAGGAAGUAAAAAUCAACUAUCUGUAGACAGUGCUUCACAGGAAGUGAAAAGAAGAAGCCCAUUUGAAGCUGCCAAUUACAUGACAUCCCACAGCAGUCCAGAACUGCUCAAGUCAUCUGGCAAAAACUUUGAUGAAAGUGUAAGGUUUGACCAGUCUGGUGGAGACAGGAGUCAUCAGAUGAUUAACAGAAAAAGUCUUUACGAACCUGUUGAUGUAGAUGUAACAUCUUGCUAUGGGGCUGGGCUGCUGAAGACAUCAGAUGAGAAAUUGGAGGGUGUAGCUCCUCGUGAUCAGUCUAUUGUGGACAAUAGUUCACGCAAAAUUAGCAGAAAAGGUGUCUAUGAGCCUGCUGAUGUAGAUGUAACAUCCUGUUAUGGAGCUGGGCUGCUAAAGGCAACAGAUGAAAAACUGGAUGCAAUUGCUCCCUAUAUUCAGGCUGUUGAAGACAGUUGUUCGCGCAAAAGAAGCAGAAGAAGCAUUUACGAACCUGCUGAUGUAGAUGUGACACUCUGCUUUGGAGCUGGGCUGCUGAAGACAACAGGUGAACGCGUGGAUACAUUGGCUCCUUAUAAUCAGCCUGUUGUAGGUAAAAGUUGUCAGAAAACAGACAGAAGAAGCAUCUACGAACCAGAAGACAUUGAUAUUACAUCUUGCUAUGAUGCAGGGCGGCUGAAGUCAAAUAGUGAAAAACUGGAUGCGGAGGCUUCUGAAAAUCAGCAAGUUGCAGACAACAGUUUGCAGAGAAACAAAAGAAAAAGUAUCUAUGAACCUACCGACAUAGAUGUAACAUCUUGCUUUGGUCAGGGAGUGGUUCAGUCAUCCAGCGCUACAGCCAGUUAUAAUCAGCUGCUUGUAGGGAGCAGUUCACACGGAAUCAAACAAAGAAGCCACUACGAGCCUGUUGAUGUGGACAUGACAUCUUGCUAUGGUUCAGGAAUGUUAAAGAGCUCUGGAGAAGUUUUAAGAGGAAAUUUCUGUGAAAGUAAACCAGCUCAGGGCACCAGUGCACUUCAACAGAAUAGAAGAAGCCUUUAUGAGCCUACUGAUGUAGAUGUAACAUCUUGCCAUGGCUCAGGAAUGGUUAUCGCGUGUAAAGGAACUUCGGAGAUAGCAGAGUUACAACAUCAGUCAGCUCCAGACAUGGAUGGGCCUAAACUUAACCGAAGAAGCCUCCACGAGCCUCUUGACAUUGAUUCCACCUCCUGUUAUGAUCAAGGAAAGGCUCUGGCUUCGGAAGAAGAUUUGGAGGUGUCACUCUUCCAUCAACAACCCUUACUAAAUAAUACUCUACACAAAUCUAACAGAAGAGGUAUCCAUGAAACUAAAGACAUGGACAUAAUUUCUUGCUAUGAUCCAGGAAUGGCCCAGUCACCUGACGGAAAUGUAGAGACCAUUGUUUGCCAGCCUGUUCUAGAUGAUAGUAUGCAGAUGACAAACCAACAAAACCUGCACAAGACAGGAGACGUGAAUGUGACUAGAUGCCAAGAUUCAGAGCCAGUCCACACUCUUGAUAGUCAAGGUGUACACCUUACCGUCAGCAAAGAGCAACUGGACUUAGCGAAAAGUCCACAAGAUACUUUCACCGGAGUUAAAGACAUUGCCGAUGCAGUGGUGGAGAAAGAAAGAGAUUUAAAUCGUAGCAAGGGGGAAACAUCUCAGACUUCAAGAGUUUCUCCCAUUCCAAAAGCUUUUCUUGAGACAGAUGCAGACGACAGUUUGAAUAUAAACGAAGAAUCCGCCCUCUCUUCGCAACAGAUGGCAUUAAAGGCUAACUGUGGUGUGAGUGAUUCAACUCCUGACAGGAAGCUGUCUGUCAUUUGUGAGGAAUCUCUGAGUGAACUCAGUAAAAAGGGAAUGAGUGUAGAGGAGGACGCUGAUGUCACAGAGAUGGAGAAGAUGCAACAUUCACGACGUGCCAUUACCCUGAAGGAGUUCCUUGAUAUUAUAGAAAUCGCUUUUAUUACAGAGGUCAACAUGCGCCGCAGUGUUGUACCAUCUGCUGUGGUUGAGGCUCCUCAAACUCUCAAAGACAGGAUGAUAUCAACACUAGUAUCAAAACCAAAGGCUGUUUGCUACGAGGAGGCAAUUCCAAUCGUAGAAUCGGAGAUCACAGCUAUGAAAGGAAAAGUUGAACAGCAAGAGAUGGAGUUGAAUGUGUCCAACCCCAGAAUAUUUAUGGAAGUACAAACCGCAAGCAAAGAGGAGUUGUUAGCCCUGCAAAGUAAAGUUCGUCGCCUGCGUUCUGUGUGCGAAAAAACUUCCAAACGAGAGUGGAAAGAGAACAAAGGCCAGCUGAACAAAAAAGUACUAUUAAAAAUGACGACGAAUCACGCGGCUCUUGCAAAAGACGUGCUCGUUGUGGAAGAAUCCGUUAAUAUGGUUGAUGAUUGUCUCAGUUUACUUGACAAAAUGAACAGAGACUUUGAUGAAAAAAUGAAAAACAUUCACAUGUCACUCACAGAAAGCGAAAAGGAAAUUCAGAGACAAACAAACAUGGUUGAAGAAUUGGCGACUAUGUCAGAGGCACUGAGAAAGAGCGAACAAGAACUCGCUGGUCUGGAAAGUACAAGGUCUAAGCUACAGAGCGAGAAACACGAGCUGGCAAAGAACAAGGACCAACUUGAUGGAAAGAUACUCGAGACGGAGGAAACUAUUCGCUUGGUGAAACGAAAGGACCCAAGGAGCAACAAACCAAUAAGAGAAUUGUCGCAGAAAUUAGAUAUCCUCGUGAGUUUGCAGGAAUGGUCCUUAGAGGAGUGGAAUAAAGAGCGUGCUAAAUUUGCGUUCUUGAACAACACGUUGGAAAUUGUCGUGGUAUUUGCUCCAGAAACCACAGAAGGUGUAUUUCAUCAUCAGGAUGUUAGGAGUGUUAAACUGAAUUUCACUACAGCAGAUACUUUUACUGGAAGAAUGGGAAAAGUCCAAACAAUUGUGAAAAAAUUGGUAAAUGAGGACAUUCUCAACCAGAUGUACUCUUCAAGGAAGGAUUUAGCCAAGGUCUUGGAGCACGUGUCAGGGAUAAUUCAUAAGUCGAACGAGAUAGGAGAUGAGCUUUUUAGAAUUGGUCUGUCACAUCUUAUGUCAUUUGAAGAGGAUAGACUUAUUGUGGAGUUCUCAAGUUUGAAGGCGUUUGUGAAGUUUGUGUUGCAUAUACAAGUUGGGCUACCUUCUUAUCCAAACUGUGUAUCAUUUACUGCAUUACCAAAAAUUGGACACCUGAGUCAAACAGAAAUUGAAGAAACCUUGAAUGCUGUCAGCGCUGGUCCACGAUAUCUGAGCAGAGUGGUGGAUGCCGCUGAUCAACUUCUGAGCACAAUCAAACCUGCUACGUCGUCAUAACCUUUCCACAGCUUGUGUGGGAAAUCAAUGUAGAUUGUAGAUACAUUUAUCGGAAAUUUAGCAUUUUUUUAAAUUUCAUCCACCGCUACAUUAAUUUAUUCAUGAUGUUUUUCAAUAGAAAAAAAUAGAGUUGUAAUAAUACUUGUUAUACGUAUUCAGCUCGUGAGGGUGAAAGGAUUGAGAAGAGUCACGGAUCUCAAGUGAAGUAAAGCCUUUAAGCCGGAGAAAAAUGUGUCUGGGUAGGGGGAGGUCAUCACGGGCGUGUUUGAGCUGUCCAAACUAAAACUGCGCUGGAUGCUUUUUGCAAUCAUUGACUGGUAAAUUUUGAUCUUGGCUGUUUCAAUGGAGCUCUCAAAAGCGAGAUUUUGUUGUGAAUUGAUAGCUUAGGGGCUUGUAACUUAAGUGCAUGUAGUCUUCAAAUGCAAUAAUAUUUGUCAUAUAAUAUGCGGAAUUAU